AUGGACGACGUGGGCGCUCGUCUCUUCCGGUGGACGACGUGGGCGCUCGUCUCUUCCGGUGGGGACCACACUGACAGUGCCAGCACGGCGAUGGAUGAGGCAGCUGACUUGACGGGCCGCGAGCAGGGCCACGGCACGUUCGCGUUCCUCCAGGUCACCGACGGGUCGUGCCUCGCCACGCUGCAGGUGAUCGUCCAGGCCGCCGUGCACCCGCUCGCGCGGCUCACGGCCGCGGGCACCUCGGUGCUCGUCGAGGGUGAGCUCAGGCGGCCGCCCGAGGAGUCCAAGAAGGCCACGGUGGACAUCGAGCUACGUGUGGACAGGGUGAUCGAACUCGGGGAGACCAACCCAGCCACCUACCCGCUGCCUAAGGGCAACAUUGCGCUCGACACACUUAGGGACGUCGUCCACCUCCGUCCGCGCACCAACACGAUAAGCUCAGUUGCCCGGAUAAGGCAUCAGCUAGCCUGUGCAACCCACAGAUUUUUCGAUGAGAAUGGUUUUCUGUACGUCCAUACACCCAUAAUAACCUCAAGCGAUUGUGAGGGUGCUGGUGAGAUGUUCCAAGUCACAACUCUUUUCCACCAGGCUGAGAAACUGGAGAAGGAGCUGAAGGAGAAUCCUGCUCCAUCCAAAGCAGACAUUGAGGCUGCUAAGCUUACUGUCAAAGCGAAAGGUGAUGCAGUUGCACAGCUUAAAACAGCAAGAGCUAGCAGCCAAGAGGUAUCUGCUGCUGUUUUAGAGCUUACAAGUGCAAAAGAGAAUGUUUCAAGACUGGAAGAGAGGUCUAAGCUGAAACCUGGAAUCCCGGGCAAGGAUGAUGGAUUGCUUUUGAGAAUGACUUCUUAAAGCGUCAAGCUUUUCUGACUGUGUCAGGUCAGCUUCAGGUUGAAACUUAUGCUUGUGCUCUCAGUAGUGUAUAUACCUUUGGACCAACGUUCCGG